CCAUCAGCUGCACAAUCUCCUCAUGUCUGAGACCUGCUUAUUAAUCAGGAGCUCUGAAAAGAAACCAAUCACUGACUUCAAUCCCCAGCUUGCCUGAGUUAAAAUAAUACUGGAAGAGGGAUCCUUUGCUAGACAAGAACAGAGCUACUGUACUGUGGGCUCAGCUGGGAGUGCAGUGACAGCAAUAACUGCUGGAUACAGAUAUAUUUCAUCAUCAUUUGUGCCAAGAAAAAAGUGCGAGACAAGACAUACUAAACACAGGAUCUGCUUUAAAUCUGUUAACGAUGAAGAUGUGCAAAAACUUGCCAUUAAUUAUGUGUGCUAAUUUCAUCAUUAUCACUAAUGCAAUACCACUGGAUAAAAAAGCGAAACAACGUGUAACCAAGGAGAAGAAGCCAUCAUUGCAAGAUGAUAGGAAGCUGUUGCAGCGUACAAAAAGAGGAUGGAUGUGGAACCAAUUUUUCUUGCUAGAAGAAUAUGUAGGCUCAGAUACACAAUAUGUAGGGAAGUUACAUACUGACCAUGAUAAAGGAGAAGGAAAUUUAAAGUACAUAUUAUCAGGCGAUGGAGCCGGCAGUCUGUUUAUUAUUGAUGAAAAUACUGGAGAUAUUCAAGCAGCGCGGAAGUUGGAUAGAGAAGAGAAGUCACUGUAUGUGCUUCGUGCCAAAGCAAUAGACAAGAGAACUGGAAGACAAGUGGAACCUGAAUCUGAGUUUAUCAUAAAAAUACAUGACAUUAAUGAUAACGAACCAAAAUUUACAAAAGAAGUUUACUCUGCCAGUGUCCCUGAAAUGUCUGAAGUUGGCACCUCUGUUAUCCAAGUGACUGCAAUAGAUGCUGAUGACCCUUCUUAUGGGAACAGUGCCAGAGUUGUAUACAGCAUUAUUCAAGGGCAGCCAUACUUCUCUGUUGAUCCAGAAACAGGCAUAAUCAGAACUGCUUUACCAGACAUGAGCAGAGAAAACAGGGAACAUUACCAAGUGGUUAUUCAGGCCAAAGACAUGGGCGGCCAGAUGGGAGGGUUAUCUGGGACCACCACGGUGAACAUCACACUGACUGAUGUCAAUGACAAUCCGCCUAGAUUCCCACAGAGUAUCUAUCAAUUUUCAUCCUUAGAAUCGGCAGGUAUUGGAACUGCCAUAGGCAAAAUUAAAGCUAAUGAUGCAGAUAUGGGUAAAAAUGCAGAAGUUGAAUAUAGCAUUAUUGAUGGAGAUGCUGAAGAAUUCUUUGAGAUCAUAACGGAAAAGGAAACUCAGGAUGGUGUUAUAACCGUUAAAAAGGUGUUGGAUUUUGAAAGCCGUGAAAUGUAUACUUUCCAGGUUGAAGCAUCAAAUGUUUAUAUAGAUCCACGUUUUUAUCACCUUGGGCCAUUUAAAGAUACAGCUAUUGUGAAAAUUUUGCUGGAGGAUGUUGAUGAAUCCCCUAUUUUUAGUAGACCUUUUUACGUAAUUGAAGUAGGUGAAGAUGCUAAGGAGGGCAGCAUCAUUGGUCAGGUUACCGCUCAGGAUCCUGAUUCAUCAAAGAACAAGAUCAAAUACAGUAUUGAUCACAACACAGAUAUGGAAAGAAUAUUCAAUAUUUACUCAGGGAAUGGCUCUAUAUUUCUAGAAAAACCACUUGACCGUGAAGUAACUCCGUGGCAAAAUUUCACUGUGGUUGCAACAGAAACGAGAGACCCCAAACAAAGUAGUGCUGUUCAAGUAUAUGUCAGGAUUUUAGAUAUUAACGAUCAUGUGCCAGAAUUUGCUGCAUAUUAUGAGACAUUUGUAUGUGAAAAUGCAAAACCAGGGCAGCUUAUUCAAACAGUAAGUGCUAUAGAUAAAGAUGAACCUCCUCGUGGACACAAAUUCUUCUUUGAAAUGGUGCCAGAAUUUUCCAUCAACCCUAAUUUCACAGUUUUAGAUAAUAAAGAUAACACAGCAAGCAUUUUAACAAAAAGAAAUGGAUAUAAUCGAUAUAAAGCAAACAUCUACACUUUGCCUAUCAUCAUUUUUGAUGGUGAUUACCCUGUUCAAAGCAGCACUGGGACACUGACCAUACGAGUGUGUGGUUGUGACAGAAAAGGGAACAUACAGUCAUGUAAUGCUGAUGCUUUCUUACUUUCUACUGGGCUUAGCACUGGUGCCUUAGUGGCAAUUUUAUUAUGCUUCAUCAUACUUCUCACCCUGGUAGUCCUGUUUGCAGCUUUAAAAAGACAAAGGAAGAAGGACUCUUUAAUCGCUUCUAAGGAUGAUGUGAGAGAUAAUGUUGUGACAUACAAUGAUGAAGGAGGAGGAGAAGCAGACACACAAGCUUUUGACAUUGGCACAUUAAGGAACCCAGAAGCAAGAGAAGAAAAUAAACUUAGAAGAGACAUCAUUCCUGAUACUAUAUUUCAAAUACGAAGACCUGUACCACUUUGGGAAAAUAUUGAUGUACAAGACUUUAUUCAGAGGAGAAUAAAGGAAAAUGAUGUGGAUACAACUGCUCCACCAUAUGAUUCUCUUGCAACUUAUGCUUAUGAAGGUAACGAUUCAAUUGCCGGAUCUUUAAGCUCUUUGGAGUCACCCACUGCCGAUGAAAAUCAUGAUUACCACUAUUUAACUGACUGGGGACCUCACUUUAAAAAACUUGCAGAUAUGUAUGGUGGGGAUAUAAGUGAAUAAUCGGAUACAUGAAACGUUGUAGCUAGACUAAGCAAAUUAGAUUAAGUGACUUAUACCUAUUGGUAAUGUACUGUAGCGUUUCAAAAUGUUUAUAUAAUAGUGAAAAGAAAAAAUAAUGUGGUGGGAGUUUCUGUUCAUUAAAUAAAAAGACUUAUAGACAAUUUUAAGGGAAUGUACAAAGUCAGCAGUAGAAUCAAGGAGAAGGUGAAAAAUGUGUGCCUUUAAAAAUAAAUAACUUGUUUCCUAAUUAUUUAUUGUCCCUUGUAAAUAUAGAUGAAGGUAUACAUUUGCAUCAGAAAACUGGAAAAUACUUUCAAGAGUACUGUAAAAAUAUUAUUUACCAUAUUAUUUAUUGAUUUGGACUGUACGUUUUUCUUUAUCUAAGCUAUUUUUUAUAAGUGUAUAUUUAUAUUUUUGUAUUUUUCUGCAAUAAAAGGUUAUUUCUGAGAAAAAA